AUGGUGUUAGUUUUCCAAGAAAACACCUGGUUUGCAAAACGCAAAGACGUCAGGGACUCCUCCACUGAAUCUUUCUUCUCUCCGACGUACUUUCUCAACUUAAUAGAAUGGAAUGAUAUUGCCCAUUCUACAGGAGGGACUUUGAAAAGUUACUUUGUUGGAGGUUUCGCUUCCAAAUUUCUAGCUUACAACAUUAGUUUUAGAAACACAGCCCCACCACCAUCACCAAAAGUGGAAGGAGCACAGGCAGCGGCCCUAAGAGUGACUGGUGACGAAGUAGCAUUCUAUGGAUGUGGAAUGUACGGUUUUCAAGACACCCUCUAUGAUCACAGUGGAAGACAUUACUUCAAAGAAUGUUUCAGACAAGGUUCUGUUGAUUACAUAUUUGGAAAUGCUAGAUCUCUUUAUGAGGAUUGCACCAUAAGUUCCGUAACGAAAGAAGGAGAUGCGCUUACUGGGUAUAUUACAGCUCAUGGGAGAGAGUCAAAGAAAGAAGAAACUGGGUUUUCGUUCAUCAAUUGUAAGAUUGAUGGAAGUGGCAAGGUGUUGCUUGGAAGAGCAAGGCGAGUUUAUGCCACUGUUGUCUUCUCAACGACAUACAUGUUUGGUGUUGUAGCCCCUGAAAGAUGGAAAAAUUGGGGUGAUCCCAACAGAAACAAGACUUCCUUUUUCGGAGAAUAUAACUGUUUUGGAGAUGGAGCCAACUAUUCAUCUAGAGUCUCAUUUGGAAAGCAACUUAGAGACUAUGAAGCAGCUCGUUUCAUGAAUAUUUCGUAUAUCAAUGGAAGUGAUUGGCUUCCAAACCAUAAAAAGUAG